GUAUUCCAGCAGUCUUUACUUGACAGGUCGAGGUAUAGGGUUCGUGUACAUGCUUAAAGAAUUGCAAGUUUUUGAUUUUUAGGGAGUUUACGGUUCUAAUAAAAGAUCAAUGUGGUAAAAGAUGUAAAACUGAUCUAAUGGAGUUGUUUUAUGGAGGUAUUCAGAUGAUACGUAUCCGCUUGGCCUUGUCAUUUAACAAACUUGGAGCGGAAAUUUUAGAUGUUUACUCGAAUUUUAUUCAAGUUCAACAUUAGUCAAUGAAUAUUUCGGGACUAAUUGUGAAUCGUAACAGACAGUCUGAAUUAGUUGUUUAAAUUUUGAGUGCAUAAGGGUGGUCACGUGAAAAGAAAGAGUAAAUAUAGGCGAUAUUAAGGGAUAUUUUACGCAGAAUUUCAAAGGCAGGAAUGUCUCGGAAAUUGAAGGAACGAAAACCCCAAAGGUGACCGUAUGAGAUGGCGGCUUGCUCAAAUCCAUUUCCGGCGUUGCCGAUAGCAUUAAUAAUAACUUCCAUUUCAAUAACAACCAUUAAAACAAGCAGUGAUCUAUGUCCCGUGAUCUGUAAAUGUGAAGAUGAAUUCCUACGUGCAUCAUGUGUUUAUGCAAGUUUAGAAGUUGUACCAAUUCAGUUGAAUCCAGAAAUUCAUCAUUUGGAUCUAUCCACUAAUCGAAUUGCAACUCUCAACUUGGGAUUUGGUUUUUAUGACAAUCUGGAAAGUCUAGAUCUGUCUUACAAUACUUUACAUACUUUGGGAUCGAAUAACUUUUUACUGCAAACACACUUGGUGAUGUUAAAUAUCAGCAACAAUAAUAUAAGGACUGUUGGCAGAAAUUCUCUAAAAGGGCUAGAUUCAUUAAAAAUUCUCGAUCUCAAUAAUAAUAAUAUCUCAGAAAUGGAUUCUGCGGCAUUCCGUCACACGAGUGAAUUAGAAGAUCUAAAUCUUAACGGUAAUUCACUGACGAGUUUGCCUAAUGAUCUCUUCAGAAAUUUACACAGAAUACGUAUUCUCAAAUUGAGUCAAAACUCACUUCUUGAAGUGCCGAAAUCUAAUCUUCAUCUAGUACCGAGCCUGGAGGAUUUAGAACUAUCAGAGAAUUUGAUUCAAGAAAUUUCACAUGAUUCUUUGCCAACACUACGUUCACUCGUUUCACUUAACUUAGCCAAUAAUGUAAUACGAACUAUUAAGAACGAAGCAUUUCAACGUUUACCAGCACUUCUAUAUCUCAAUUUACAAGGAAAUAAUCUUACUUAUGUACCAACACCCGCUCUAUCACAUUUAAGUGUCUUGUCAUAUUUGAUUCUAUCACGUAAUCCACUUGAACAGUUAGACAACUUAGCAUUCCGCAAUCUAUUCGAAUUAAAAACCAUAGACUUACGGGAAUGUACAAUUGCGCAUGUUAAAUCCCGUGCAUUUGAUGACAAUGUCAAUCUUGAGAAAAUUUUUCUUGAUAGAAAUCAUGAUCUCCAACGUCUGCCACCUCGAAUUUUACAUUCAGCAAGAUAUUUAACAACUGUCUCACUACGUCAUUGCAAUCUUUCUAACCUUGAACCAACACACUUUCCAGUUCAUGGUUUAAAUCUUCUACAAAUAGGUGGCAAUCCGUUGAUCUGCAAUUGUUCACUACAUUGGCUCUGGAAUGUCAUGCAUGAUAUAGAGGAGCGUAAUGCAUCAACACUGAUCAUAGAUCGCGGUGAAAUAAUUUGUGCGGACGAGGAAUUCAAUGGUAAAUUGUUGAUGACUUUAUCGGAAAGUUCGUUGCAUUGUCGAUUAAGUCCAUUAUAUUUAUCAUUGUCUGUCACAGGAUGUUUAAUAGUUACUGCAAUUAUUAUUAUAGUUAUUGGCUAUAUAACACGUGUCAAACGCCGUAAAAGACUAUUUGAUAGCCCAAGUCGUCCGGAGAUAUUGGUUUACGUUGAACCAACUGAAGAUGUGACUAAAUGUAUUCCCAUGUAUCCAUCACUGCAGAUUGAUCAGAAUUGUGUGCCGAUUUUAUCAAGUGAUAGUCUUCAUACUCUCAAUGGAAAUCAAAAGAGAUAUAAUAACACGUCCCAUAAUGCUCUACAUUAUGAUGAGCGUAUGGAUCAUAAUAUCACUAAUUUUACAGUUGAUGAUUUUUCUAAUAGAUCAAUGAACAAUUCAUGUUUGUAUGGAAAAUGUAAUAAAGAAAAUAUUUAUGGAGCGACUGACGUUACCAAUCUACAAAAUGAGCCCGACGUAUAUAAUAAUAGUGUUUACCGAAUGGAAAAUUCAAACAAUAAAAUUUCUAAAGCCAGGUGUGCUAAAGAUAGUAAUAUAAGUGAUUAUGAUUGCGUUAAUGAUUGUGAAUUUUAUCCACCAUCUAUGGCGAGAUCAGCUAAAAAACCUCAUGUUGUAUUUGUCUAAGUAUAUAAUAUAAUAAAAAAAAAGUUCAAGUAUUUGGAUCUGAUCAGAACUGAACCUCAAAUAAGGUUGUAUAAUUAGAUCAGACCGAAUAAAAAUUCAAUUAAGAUAGGACGAAAGUACAUUUAAUCAGGUUUAUUUAUAUUUAACUGAGUGAAAAAAAGUUUAUAUAAUCACAUACAAUUGCAUAUAGUUAUUUAGAAUUUUAUACAAUUAUAAUAUCGUUUUCAAUACAAAACUGAUUAACUCCAUUUUUGUAAAUUAUACAGGAGAACUAAAUAUCGGUUAAAGAAAGUCAUUUUUCCAACUAAAAAAAAAAUUUUUUAUCUCAAAUUUGUAAAGUAUCGGUUCUCUUUUACAUUGAUUGUUAGAGUUAGGUAGUUUCCGUGUCACAACUAUGAUGAUUCAAAAUUAAAAAAAAAUAAAUGUAAACCAAGCAAUAACAACGUGUAUUACGUCGAUUGCUAACAGGAAAUGCAAACGAGUGUUUUUUUUUUAAAUGGAGAGUUAGGCUGUUUCUUACAGAAAACGACGAUGUACGAUAAGGUGCGUCAUUCCAGAGCAACAUUUUUUUUUUUACGUACUUGUUGAAAAAAUCAUAGUUGAUUACAAAAAAAAAAAGUUUCCCGCAAAAAAGAAAAUUCCGAGCUCAUCGGAAAAUUCGAUUUGUCAUAUAAAUAAAACCGAGAAAUUUUUUUUUCCUCUAUAAUAUAAUUAUUCGAUACCUCAAAAAUGUUUAAGAGAAAGAUAGCUUAUACAAGCUUAUAAUGCAACUGUCUUUUCAAAAAAGUCUAUUGCAUUGGCUCUGUACUGACAGUAGCUCAAGAGUUUUAAA